GGGUUAUGUUGCUUAAUUUUCAGCAAGUCAGUCUUUAUUAAAUUGACUAAAUGAUUUUAGAUUGUGUUGUUCAUUGUAAUUGUAUUUACUUAGCUUUGAUUUUAAGGUUUAGAUGAAAGACUUGAUCUAGAAAACGUAAUAUUUCAUUAGAUAAAUUAAAGAUUUGAAUUUAUUUUUUCCCCAAUUGUGAACAUUGAACGUGGCCAGGAGUACAGUUACCCUUUUUCUGUUGUGCAUAUGAGGGCUUUACUCCCUUUUUCACUCAACCUAUCUUUAAGAAUUGCAAAAUCCUCCCUGUGUGUAAAAGAAGAAAAGAUAAAAAAGGAAACAACUGGUUUGGAUGCGGUAUAAAAUAAAUGUAUGUGUCCACUGCUUAUUGCUAGUUUUGGCCUCAUUAAAUAGUAACUAAUAGUUACUUUUAUCUGUGCUUUUUUUGCAGGUUUGAUCUUGACACAGAAAAAAAAAGAUAAAUCAGCAUUUUCCACUGUAUUACUGUCAGUCAAGAUGAACUCCAAGCUCACAGACGAGCAGCAGACAGCAAUCUGCUCUCAGCUGGGAAAUGUCAAACUGAAUUUGCUCUACAAAGCCAGCAUCCAUGGUUUCACUGGAGAAGCUUUCCACAAACACUGUGACAAAAAGUCACCCACUGUGUCUGUGGGCUACAACAAAUCUGGACGUGUGUUUGGAGGCUACACCAGUCAACCGUUCAGUCAGUUUGGAGGGUUUGUAAAAGAUGAUGAGGCCUUUGUGUUCUCCUUCAGUGGAGAAAGGCUCAACAAAUAUUCAGUAAAUAAUUCUUCAUAUGCAGUGAGAAUGACCAAGAAUAGUGGUCCUAACUUUGGGGACACACUGAUUCUUGUCCAUAAAGACGAACAAAAAGUCUACAGCAAUCAAAGCAGUUUUACAGGUUAUCUUUACACAAAAUAUUACACCUUCACUGCUGAAAAGAUGCACGGAAAUGACUUGGACCUGACUGACUGCGAAGUUUACCAGGUGGAAGAAUGCCUCCAAUUUGAAAACCCAUGGAGGACAGUGACUUGGACUUCUGAGGAAAAGGAGAAGUUGAUGGAGAGAAUUAAAUCCUACAAACCUUCGAUCAGCUCCGUGUCUGAAGCUCGGGUUUUACUUGUUGGACAAGUUGGAGCUGGAAAGUCCAGUUUCUUCAAUUCUUUCAAAUCUAUUUUUAAAGGCCGUGUCAGUGGCCAGGCCAUAAAUGGUACCUGCUCCACCUCUGUGACAUCACAGUUUCGCACCUUUAUUGUGAAGCCUGAACAUGAAGAAAAACCUCUGCCACUCAUCCUUUGUGAUAUCAUGGGACUGGAGGCAAAAGAGGGGGAGGGGUUUCAUGUGGAUGAUAUCACUAACAUCGUCAGUGGUCACACACCAGACACGUAUCAGUUCAGCCCCUCUGGUCCUCUGCAUUCUGAGGCUCAAGGUUUCUGCAAGAAUCCAGAACUCAAAGACAAGAUCCACUGUGUGACUUAUGUCGUAGAUGCCAGCACGAUCUCCAUCAUGCCCCAAAAUAUGGAGGAUAAACUGAAAGCUAUCCGCAAGAAAGUCAACUUGCAUCGUAUCCCUCAGCUGGUGUUGCUCACUAAAAUAGAUGAGGCCUGCCCUUUGGUGAAAAAAGAUGUCACAAAUGUCUACAAGAGCAAAUACAUCAAGAAAUUAAUGCAGGAGGCUGCCAGUCGCUUUGGUGUACCUUUGUCCUUCCUUGUUCCAGUGAAGAACUACAGUGAGGAGCAGGAAUUGGACAUGAACAUCGACAUCCUGCUGCUCAGAGCGGUUGAUCAGAUUCUUCACCUUGUGAAUGACUUCUUUGAUGAGCACAGAGACUGAAUGAGCAAUACUGCAAUCCUCCUCUUAGC